GCCUCUCCGCUGCGCCGGCGGCGGCUGUGGCUGUUCCCGGCGGGAUCAGGUGGGAAAGGUGGGAGCUGCGGUUCUGCCGUGGCCGUGAGGGGAGGAGAAGGAGGAGGAGGAAGAGGAGGAAGGUCCAGGCCGGGCAGAAGCUCGGCUGGCUGAGGCGGCGUGUUCGCCCCGGGUGCGGGGCUGCCCGGCCGGGUGCCUCCCGCCGCGCGUGCGGGGCUCUCGCGUCGCGCCCGCGGCCGGAGAGCGGAGCCGGGCUGGGGAUCCGGCGGGGCCCGUGCCGUGAAAAUGACAACCCCAAACAAGACCCCACCUGGUGCUGAUCCAAAGCAGUUAGAGAGGACUGGUACUGUUAGAGAAAUAGGCUCACAAGCAGUUUGGUCUCUUUCAUCCUGUAAGCCAGGGUUUGGAGUGGAUCAGUUACGAGAUGAUAAUCUAGAAACUUACUGGCAGUCAGAUGGAUCACAGCCUCAUUUGGUGAACAUUCAAUUUAGAAGAAAAACAACAGUGAAGACCUUAUGUAUUUAUGCAGACUACAAAUCUGAUGAAAGUUACACUCCAAGCAAGAUCUCUGUCAGAGUAGGAAAUAAUUUUCAUAAUCUCCAGGAAAUCCGGCAACUGGAAUUAGUGGAACCCAGUGGCUGGAUCCAUGUUCCUCUAACAGAUACCCACAAGAAGCCCAUUCGCACCUUUAUGAUCCAGAUUGCUGUUCUAGCGAAUCACCAAAAUGGAAGAGACACUCACAUGAGGCAAAUCAAAGUGUACACCCCUGUGGAGGAGAGCUCCAUUGGUAAAUUUCCCAGAUGUACAACAAUUGAUUUCAUGAUGUAUCGCUCCAUCAGAUAAAAUUUCCUCAUGAGGAACAAUAAAGGUAUUUUUUCAUGACGGUAUCAGUGCUAAAGUAUUCAGAUACUUAAAGAGCAGGGUUUACUUCAGUGUAAUUAUAUGUUUAUACUUUGUACAAUUUUGAAAUAAAGAUAAUCUUGUGUUACAGUA